GGAGCUUCACUUUAGAAAGUGUCUCUUGACAAGUUUAUCUAAUUCAAGUGUUUAUCUUUCAGGAAACGUAUAAUAUAAAGUAAAGAAGAGAAUUACGAACGGAGCGUUUAUUUACAUUUUUCAAAUUACAGUUGAGAUACCACUGACAAUCAAUAACGAUCAAUCUGUUAAUAAUACUGUGUCAACUGUGAUUGUGUGUAGAAAAAUAAUCAACAAUAUAUCUGACCUCACAUGUGAUCAAUAAGAAUUCGGCGGCUGAUUUAUCAGAGAUUUUAUCGAACGAAUAUACAUACACAUUAGUGCAGAGAAAUGGAUUAUUCUUAUUUCAUGACGGAUGUCGCCAAACAUAGGAGACCCGCCACGACGCGGGAGCUAACUAAAAUAGCAUACUCUGCGCCGAAAAGCACCGUCUCUUUAGCAGAGGGAAUGCCCAAUGAAGAAACGUUCCCAUUUACAGAAAUUUCAGUUAAACUCUGCGAUGGUUCGUCUUUCACUCUCGACGAUGACGAGUUAGCUGCUGCUCUUCAGUAUAUACCUACGCAAGGUUACCCUCCUCUUCUGCAGGCCCUGAGGGAAUUCCAGAGAAGGGCACACGCGCCACCCUUAUGGGAGAGCCGCGACAUAGUCGUCGUUUCGGGGUCUCAGGAUGGGCUUAGUAAAGCUCUGGAGGCUAUAAUCGGCACUGGUGAUCCGAUUUUGGUCCCCAACCCCUUCUAUCCUGGCGUCGAAGUUGUGAUAUCACCUCACAAAGCGGAGCUCAUAAUGAUUCCGCAAGACGACGACGGUCCCAUUCCGGAAAUAUUACGGGAAAUCUUGAGAAAUCGAGAGCUUUCCGGUGGAAAAAUGCCGAAGCUAAUGUAUAUAAAUGCUACAGGCACGAAUCCUACCGGUAUCAUCAUACCGCUAGAAAGACGAAAGGAAAUCUAUAGGAUAGCCUGCAAGUACAAUUUCUUACUUCUCGACGACGAUCCUUAUCAUUUCAUGCAUUUUGACAAGGAAGAGCCUAAGUCUUUCUUAUCGCUCGAUACGGAAGGUCGAGUAAUUAGAUUGGACUCAUUCUCGAAAGUGAUCAGCAGUGGCAUUAGAAUAGGCUUUAUGACUGCCGCAGCUCCGUUGAUAGCCUGCGUAGAGCUUCAUUUGCAGAGCAGUCAUCUCCAUGCUCCUACUUUAUCGCAGGUGAUAAUGUACAAGCUAUUUAAGGUCUGGGGUUACGAAGGCCUGAUGCAACAUUACAUGAGAUUAAGGCGUUUCUACAAGAAACGGAGAGAUAUUAUCUCGACGUUGGCACAUAAGCACUUGAACGGUCUGGCGGAGUUCAACGUACCAAGAGGUGGGUUCUUCUUAUGGAUCAAAGUACCAGGAAUCAAAGAUACAUGGAAGAUGAUGCAGCGAGGCGUAACGGAAGGUGUUAUUAUGGCUCCAGGAGCCGCAUUUAUGAGAGACCCUACAAAAUGCUCUAAUGCCAUCAGAGCAAGUUUCACCAAGGCUUCCUACGAGGAAAUGGACCUGGCAAUGGAACGAUUGGCGCAAUUAAUCCAUAUGGAGUUAGCCGAAAAUUACAUCGAAAAUGUGGAUACGUGAUAAUAUAUUUGUACAUAUAAUAUAUGAAUUAUAUAUUUGUACAUGACUACAUGGUUGAUAUUGAAGCUAACACAAACACCAGUUGGCAAUAAAAUAGAGAGUUAGGACUAGAAAGAUAUUAUGAAUAAUUGUUGAAUGCUAAAAGAUAAAAGGAAAUGUAUAUAACAGACAUCGAUAAAAUUGUACAUCGAUAAAGAUCUAUUUUAUGUAUUUUUAUUGCUCUUAAAACGUAGAAAGUAGAACGUAGUCUCGAGUUUUGUUAACAGAGGACAUUGCAUCACUAAAACAGUCAUUUUGCGAGCAUUAAAUUUAUAUAGUCAAAAUUUUAAGGACUUGUCAUUUCGUUAUAACGUAAUCUUUUAGUAGAUUUUAUAUUUAUAGGCUUGUUUCAUUUUUGCUAAUAGUAGGAAAAGUAAGUUCUUUUUACAUUUUUUUACAUUUAAUUGUAAUAACAUGCAUGUUUAUAACAUGAUGCUGUAAUAGGGCGAUUAAUCUCAUGAAACCUUGAUAAAUGCGUAUAUUAUUAAACAUGUUAAACUAAAAAUAAUGCAUUAAAAUUUAAUAUA